CCAUAUCGCAUCGUCACCAGAUGAGACGCGUUCUCGAGAAUGGACGAAUGGUUGACAAAUCCCCCGUUACUCUUGGCACCUCGUUACCAGGGUGAUGGAAAGUAGAGAUUCAGCGUUGCUGCAUGCUGCUGCACUAUAGCAGCUGCUACCUGCGAUGAGUCGUCCCGAGUUCAACGCUGUUAUCAUCUUCCUCGGUUUUGCACUUAUCGGAGCAACGUACGAGCUCCCCACGUCGGACACGGAUCUCCUUGAGUCAGGGUCCACGGACUUUGACAUAUUAAUCUUCACCCAACACUGGCCGCAGACCGUGUGCUUCCAAUGGAAGGAAGGAGACGCGAACCACAGCUGUUCCUUACCACAGGGCGAGGAAUGGUCGAUUCAUGGUAUUUGGCCGACCCAACUGCACAAGCUCGGGCCCCAAUUUUGCAACAAAUCCUUGCACUUCAAUGCAUCUGCGCUACUCUCUAUAGAGAGUGAACUCAACAAGAAAUGGCUGGAUGUUGAAAUAGGCACGAAACCUCACUCGUUUUGGAAACACGAAUGGGACAAACAUGGGACCUGUGCGGCGGUCUUGGAAUCUCUCAACACGGAGCUCAAAUAUUUCCAGAAAGGUCUAGACUUUCUCGACCUGUACGACAUGAAGAAUACUCUGGCUAAAGCGAGCAUUAUGCCUGGAAUGGUACACUCGGUCCAAGAUAUCCUUGACGGGGUGAAGAGAAUUCUGGGAAAGAAUAGCCAGGUCGAGUGCAUUAAAAACCCGAAAACAUUGGAGUCGUAUCUCUUUGAGAUCAGGAUAUGCUUCAAUAAGUCAUUGGAACUGAUCGACUGCGAUGGGAUUCAUGGAUACCCAAGCAACUGCGAUCAGAAUGAGCAAGUUAAUUACCCAGGGAGUGUACCGGAGGCAUAUCACGUUAUACAAUUAUAAUCACUACUCUAAGGAGUAGUUUAGACUUUUCACCGCCACUAAACAAAAUUGAAAAGUAAAUCAUAGCAAAUUAAUAUACAGUGUACAUAUAAUAUUGAGAUACGCAAUCAACAGAGAACAAAGACAAUAUGCCUAGGAGAAACAUAAAUCUGCGGAAAUCAGAGUAACAAUAGUCGGGCAUACAUUGUCGGGCGAUCAUUUGGCCCAUCUUUGAGUUUUAUAUUUAUUUUCAACGUAAAAAUCUUAUCAAACAUUCAUGCGAUGCGCGCCUUUCAGCGACGCGGUUCCAGAAAUGGGCUGCAGCGAUACAUUUCUAUAUGCGUAAUUAGCUACGAAUUCUCAAAGACUUUUUAUAUUCGUGUUAUUCGAACCAAUAGAAUAAAUUUAAAAAAUAAACUGUGACAAAUAUAUUUUGGAAACGCA